CUUAACCCAGAUACCUCCACGCCUUUUUACAAUAAUCUAAUUAAUCACAUCUAACGGUUUACAUUACUUUGUCACUUCAAAACUGCCAUCUGCAAAGCCUACGUAGCAAGCGAUGGAAGACGGGCGAUCGAAGUGUUCGUGAAAGUAAAUUGUGUGGUGCGAACUAUAAACGGUGAUUACUCGACGAGGCGUGUCGCGAUGGCGAAUAGGGGAGCGGGGCGACGAGCGAAGAGGACGGCGAUACGCAGAGAGGGAGCGGGAGCGAGUGAAACAGCGGGUGCGGUAGCUGUCGCGGCCCGCUCAGUUUGAGCCCGCGCGUCACUCGCGUCGCUUGUCCGCUCCCGCGUCCGCCGCCCGCUCCGCCAUGAAGAAAGUAAAGGGAUUGAGAGCUAAGAACAUGGACAAACUCAUUGCAGCUGUCCAAGCCAGGGAAUGUUUAUGGGAUAAAAGCUACAGAGGACAUCGGAAUCGGUUUAAGUUAGAGCGGUAUUGGAACGAGGUUGCGGCCGAGGUGGGCACUACAAGCCUUAACUGCAGAAAACGUUGGAAGAACCUCAAAGAUCAAUGUCGCAAGGAAAUGAAGAAAAACUCCAACGAGUCCGAAUGGCCACAUUUUCAGAAAUUGAAAUUUAUUCACCACCAAUUCCUCGCGGAAGAUGAGGAAGGUGACGAUGACACAAAUGAUGAAGUAUUCAACUCUUUGGAUGAGUCUAUUAAAAGACCAAAAUUGGGUUACACAAUGAGGAAAAAGUUAUUGAUGAACAAAAGAAGGACGAUUGAUGUAGAUAUGAACAAACUGAUAGAGUUGGUCCAACCGAGGGAUUUGAUAUGGAACAGGCAAUUGAAGGGGCACCAUAAUUGGUACAAGUUGGAUGAGAGCUGGAAGGAAAUCGCGCAGGAGUUAGGUGUUACACGUGACGAAGCCCGACUCAAAUGGAAAUACCUAAGAGAUCAAGCAAGAAAAGAGAUCAGAAAGCAGAGCUCCGAAUGGGAAUAUCUUCCAAAACUGCAGUUCUUAACAAACCAGUUCAAUGAUUAUGAAGCUAACGAUUUGCAGGACCAGGACCAAGACCACGACCACGACGCAGAUUAUAGCCAAGACUACGAUGCAGACCAAGGCAGUAGCUACUACAUAGAACCUCCUCCGCCAAGUGUUAGCGUUAGUGUAAAAGAAGACGAUCAAGAAUUUGAUGAGUUUGACACAAAACCUGUCAUCAUGGAAACAGACUUUUACGACGAUGAUGAUGAGGCGCAAAAAAGUGCCAAUCCGGAUCCGAAUGAACCGGCGAAAGAUGAAGAUAUUGGGUUCUUUAACAGUCUUUUACCGCACGUUAAAAAGCUUGGGCCGGCUAAGAAGUUAAUGUUGAGGAUGAAAAUCCAAGAGUUGGUAUAUAAUACGGUCUAUAGUGACCCAUAGGAGUUACCUCAGGGCAUGGACCUGUUUCAGCAGUGGAGCUGAUAAAUGGUUUGUGACUAAGAGUUGAAUGGAAUGUUACGAUAUUCCUUACAAUAGAACUGGAUAUAUCAUGUGAUAUAAUCAUGCAAUUGUUUCGUUUAAUUUACGAUAUUCGUAAUCUAGUCUGAAACAAUGUUGAAUCUGACAGAUUUUUUCAUAAUUUAUUUAAAACUUUAUUGAGUAAUAAUAAGUGGAUUUAAUGCUAAUAGCAUUCUCUAUCAGUCAUAACGUGCUCUGAUUGUGAAUUUUAGGGUAUGAAGUGGGUUACUAAAAUGCAAUCUUUGUGGAAACAAAACAUGGAAGUUUAUUUGUACUAUUCAAUGACGUUUCCAGAGGUAAAAUCGUAUGACUAUCGUAGAGGGAUUUUGUUAAUAAAGAUUUGGCAUCGAGUAAUUUUUUUAUGUGUCAUGAAUGUGUGAGAAUAGAAAUCGGAAUAAUCAGUUGAUCAGAGUAAUUGAAGUGUGAAUAUUUAAUGACCAUUACUUAAAAAAUUAACAAGGACUACACAAUGCCUACAUGUUCAGCAAUAAUGUGAACAUGUAGGUUUUAUUUAAUUAUAUGUUCUUAAAUUUUAUCUACUCUACAAAAAUGACAUUAAUAAGACUGUUUUAGUUAAAUAAAAGUUUUAUAUCAAGGUACAUUGUACCUGCUUACACGCAGUACAUUUAUGUAGUGAUUACUUUUAAAAUUAUAGGAUAGGUAUAUUCUAUAAAGCUGUUAAAGAGAAUUUGAAAGACAUUAAAAUUACGCUGUAGAAACAUAUUUAAAUUUAUAUUUAUAUGUAUAUGAUGAUUAGUAUAUGAUUCCCCUUCUUACCUCUUAAAAUGUUUUAAUCUAAUCUAACAUUUAUGAAGUUAAACAAAACUAAGUAAGUUUAGUUUUUGUCGUUCUAAAAGUAGGUAGUUAUUAGUUCAUUUACUCUAUCUACGAAUCUACCAGUAGGAAUAUAAAUAAUCUCUUUCUUGAAGUGAAAUAAAAAAAAUUAAAAUAAUAUUAUACUACUUAUACAGUGAAAGUCGAAUAGUACAUACAUUCAUAGAGUUAUGCCUUUAUUCCUUGUGGGGUAGACAGAGCCAACAGUCUUGAAAAACUGAAAGGCCACGCUCAGCUUGGCUUAAUGGAUAUGUCUUUGUUAUAAUUAAAGCAUGUUGAUAAAGCAAUACCUAGUUAUGGCUAGAUUGUUAGAAAUAACUCACUUAUACAUAUGUGUGCUCUAUUGGAAAUAUAAAAAACUAAAGACAAAUAAUUACUUUUUAUUAUGUAACAUCUUGUUUUGUAUCUUUUUUUAGUAUUUGACAUAACCAAUGAAGUUUUCUAGAUUGUUUCUAUCUAUCGUAGGUAACGCAUUGGAUUUCAUAAAUUUUUAAAGGACUAUGGCAACAAUAAAACCUUAUAUAAUCUGUUUCAAAAAGAAGUAGACGGAAAAUUGUAUUUCGUAAACAGGUAACAUUUUCCAUUAUUUUCCUAAUAGUUGCCGCGUGAUAUAAUAUAACCCAAAGCCGUCCUCGAUAAAUGGUCUAUUCAACACAAAAAUAUUUUUUCAAUUCGAACCAGUGGUUCCUGAGAUUAGCGCGUUCAAACAAACUCUUCAGCUUUGAAAUAUUAGUAUAGAUGAAUCAAAUAUGCAUCACUAACAACAUACAAUAUGGGUUCUCCAAAAUUAUAUUAACCUGCUCUCGAUGAAAUUUGAAACAAUACACAAGCGUUAUUAAAUCGACCUAAAUACAGACGUUUUUAGCUCAUUACAACAUAAUCCGCUGUUUUGACUGAUUCGCCCGACUCUUGUUUAUAAAACACCUUCUUUAGCUCAGUACUCAAAGCUUUUAGUCAUAUGUUGGUUCUCUUGUUUGUGUCGACUGGUUUCCGGUACUUUAAAAUAACAGAGUUGGUCCCAACACUAAUGUAAUCGGAGUAAAAGUUAGGUGGGGCAGAAGAAGCUUUUAGUUAUUUUAGUUCUCUUGUUUGUGUCGAGUGGUUUACGGUACUUUAAAAUAACAGAGUUGGUCCCAACACUAAUGUA